AUGCAUAAGAUUCCUUACGCUUCGGCUGUGGGGAGUCUAAUGUAUGCUCAGGUAUGUACACGUCCAGAUAUUGCGUACAUUGUUGGCAUGUUAGGCAGAUAUCUAAGUAACCCUGGAAUGGAUCAUUGGAGAGCAGCCAAGAGGGUUAUGAGAUAUUUACAGAGAACAAAAGAGUACAUGCUUACAUAUAGGAGAUUGGAUCAGUUGGAGUUCAUUGGGUAUUCUGACUCCGACUUUGCUGGAUGCCAAGACAGCAGAAGAUCCACAUCAGGCUAUAUUUAUCUGUUGGCUGGUGGAGCAAUUUCAUGGAGGUCUGCCAAACAGACACUCGUAACAUCAUCCACCAUGGAAGCAGAGUUUGUAGCAUGUUAUGAGGCAUCCAAUCAAGGAAUAUGGCUACGAAAUUUUGUCACUGGGCUGCGUGUUCUGGAUGGCAUUGAGAGUGUUGCGGAUGAGAAAAAUGGUGGCAAGUUAUCUGGUAUACAUGAUGUUGGAUGCUCCGCUUGUGAGAUGGUAGUUGUUUGGAUGCAAAGCCAACUUCGAUAG